AUGCUCGUAACCAUCCAUACCACAACUUACUCAGCAAGCUUCGGGCGUUCGCGUGGCUUGGGUUCACUUAAGCUUGUAGCAUGGCUUGGUGCAAAAAUAAGGAUUUUCCGCUUGGCGUGGCGUGUUAUUUGCCAUGUUUGUGCUCGAGCUUUGCCGUUUUAUAAGGGCUAUGGCGGGGCCAAAAUGGCGCUUGACAGGAGAAUGAGCUUGUUACGACCUUUCUGCGUGGCAUGUUGCAUAUUUGCUUGGCGUGACAUGCUUGCAAGCGCAAAUGACGAACUCUUGCAAACCCAAGUCAGGUUUCUUCCCAAAUUAGGUGUCGUACUGGGUUAG